AUGCCCGACUUAUCCCAAUACCAGACUGUGUUCCGGAUUGCAAAGCCAAACGCCUCGAGACGAGCUGCCCAGGGAGCCAGGCGCAAGAAUCAACCCAAUGGCGUACCCGGGCAAACUUCUGGCGCCCCUGCUCUCGAACCCAACGGCAGUCUUGAUGAUAGGGAUAACAUCUCCAAGGCCCAGUCUCGGCUACAGAAGCUCGAGGAAAUGGUGACGAUAUUGAUGCAGGCAAACCAGAGCACAAACGGGCAGAGUAGUGGCGGCGGUGGUGGCGGCGGUGGUCAAGUCUCGCCCUCAUCUUCGGAGAGCAGCGCGUCGAAAACGACGAGUACACAUCCCGACCACGUGGUGACAGCACCCUCAGUGGCCGACAACACCUCUCCACUGGCACAAGAUCUGCCUCCAAACGGCCAUCUCGAUAUCAGAGGUGCCGAAACCAAAUACCUGGGGGCUACCCAUUGGGCAGCAAUCUUAGAAAACAUCAAAGAUAUCCAGGAAUGUCUGGCGCCGGAACCAGAAGAGGCACUGGACGGAGACUUCUCCAGCUACAGCAGGAACGACCCUGAUAUCAUCCUCUCCAACUUACCGCCAUUGACCUUGGCCGAGAUGCGCCAGGCAUUGCCUCCUCGACCUGUCGUAGAUAAGCUGCUGUCGGUGCGAUUCAAUACACGAUUUCUCCACAUUCCGUUCCUACACAAACGGAAAUUCUUGCGAGAGUAUGAAUCAUUCUGGAACGAUCCCUCGUCGGUAUCUUUCCUGUGGAUAUCGAUGCUGUUCUCGUGCAUCCAUCUGGGCUCUCGCAUCGCCCGGCCCGAAGAGGUAGGUUUCUUCCGCUCGCUGAGUGACGCUUCGGAUACAUUCUUGACGAACGCGGCUCGGGCCCUGGUAGCUGGACACUACCAGAAAGCGCGGCCCUAUAGCGUCGAAGCUACGCUGCUGUAUGCUAUCAGCAGGUUCUUUGUACAGGGUGAUACGGAGACUGAGCCCUGGCUGCUGAUGGGCGUGGCAGCUCGUCUCGCGUUGAGAAUGGGGUACCAUCGCGACCCGCGUCACCUCGCUCACAUCUCGCCAUUUGAAGGGGAAAUGCGACGCAGAGCAUUUUCCGCUGCACACACCUUUGAACUACUUCUCUCCUUUCAGGCGGGGCUCCCGGCCAUCAUCCAUGAGGAAGACUGUGACACGGACCCGCCCCGCAACCUGUACGACGAGGACUUUGACGAAUCUUCUACGGUAAUUCCGCCGUCACGGCCGCUCACAGACCCGACGCCGAUGCUUUACUAUUGUUACAAAGGCCGCCUCGCCCAGGUAUUCAGAAAAGUGGCGCGGCAGGCCCUGUCACCGGGAAUUCCAGCCUACGCGGAAGUCCUGAAUCUCGACGCCGAGCUCCUCAAGAUGCGGGCUGAGAUACCGCCGAGCCUCGAAUGGAAGCCACUCAGCUCUUCCUUCACAGACGAGAUUCACACAAUCAUGCACCGGCUCAACCUGGAGCUGAUGUAUCAGAAAGGCAUGAUGGUCCUCCACCGGCGUUAUUUGAGUCAUGAUCGCAUGAACCCUGCCCUUGAAUAUUCGCGGAAUGCCUGCAUCACGGCGAGCCUUCAGAUGUUGCACUACCAAGCUGAGGUCGACCGAGCAUACCAGCCCGGGGGUCAGCUGUACAAGAAUCCAUGGACGUCGGAUAAUCUGGCGCACCAUGACUUUCUUCUUGCGGCCAUGAUCACUUGUCUUGAUCUGUACGAAUCUCACCGGCAGUCUAGCACCAAGGUCCUGUCUGCCGUGGACUUGGAUGCCCAAAGGACCAAAUACGACGCGCUGAAGGUCUCGCACGAUAUCUGGCAGUCACGGAAAUCAGAUUCAGCAGAUGCGAGACGAGCAUCAAACAUCCUCGCAAUCAUGCUCUCGAAGAUCCCCAGGCCGGACUCACAGAAGCAGGAAGAACGGAACGGAACGCAUGCUGCAAGCACCGACACCACUCAGCCAUUGUCGCAGGUAAGCUUGGAGGGCAUGGGAACUGUCAGCACGCACGACAGCAGACCAGCAGGCGAGCCAUUGGCCGUGAAUGACCCCUCUGCCUUCCUGUCCCACGAUGGACAUUCCGUAGCCCAGGAUCCUGCGUCUCAGGAGUUUCUGGAUGUGAUAUUUAGCGAUUCAGACAUGGUUGACUGGGGGAUCCUCGAUCAAUACAUCCAGGACGGCUCGACACCGAUGAGAUCCUUUGACUUUUGA